AUGACCGAUUGUGCGGCUUGCGGAGUUUCUUGUAAUCUUGCUCAUGCCAACUCUUCCUGUUCUACUGGGAUAUGCACAAUCGUGUCAUGUUAUAGCGGUUAUGGAAACUGUGAUGCAGUAUCCAGCAACGGGUGUGAAGCUGAUAUAACGUCUGUCUCCACUUGUGGAACAAACUGUACUCUCUGCAGUUUACCGAAUGCUGUCCCUGUAUGUGUAAGUGGGAUAUGUCUCAUCUCAACUUGCAAUAGUGGAGGAUGGGUUGACCAUAAUUUACUAGCUGCCGACGGUUGUGAAGUGAAUUAUCAUACUUUGUCCAAUUGUGGCUCAUUUGGCACUAUCUGCAGCACUGCUCAUGCUACGCCAACAUGUUCGACAGGAUCAUGUCAGAUCACAAGUUGUGAUGUAGGAUUUGGGGAUUGCAAUUUAUUACCUGGUGACGGGUGUGAAACGGAUUUAACGACGACUGCCAAUUGUGGUAACUGUUCAGAUGUCUGUAAUCUCCCCGAUGCUGUGCCUGUUUGUCUGAGCGGAAUGUGUGACAUUUGGACGUGCUCCGCGGGGUACGAUGACUGCGAUCGUAAUGCGAGCACAGGGUGUGAAGUAAAUUUGUUAAUCACAACGGCUCAUUGUGGAUAUUGUACUAACAAUUGUAAUUUAGCACACGCCACGUCUGCAUGUGUAAAUGGCACUUGUGUUAUUGCAUCAUGUAAUGUUGGCUAUGUUAAUUGUGAUAAUAUAACGAGCAACGGAUGCGAAGUGGAUGUACUAACGUCAACGUCGAAUUGUGGCUAUUGUGGUCACAAUUGUACUUGUCCCCAUGCUACUGCUGUGUGCACGAGCGGAGUUUGUGCGAUUUCACCAUGUGACACUGGAUAUGCCGAUUGCGAUUUAACAGCGAGUACAGGAUGCGAAGUAAACAUUUUCUCGGUGGUCAAUUGUGGUAGUUGUGGUAAUAUCUGCAGUCUUCCCAAUGCAGUAUCUACAUGCCCAACCGGAACAUGCCAAGUUCUAUCAUGCUUGAGCCCUUACGGAGAUUGUGAUGGCAUUGCGAGUAACGGCUGUGAAGCUAAUUUACAAACAUCAGCGAGUACGUGUGGAACGUGUGCUAUAAACUGCAACAAUUUAGCAAAUGUCAAUUUAGUUCACUGUAUUAGCGGCAGUUGUAGUAUAGCGACGUGUGAUUCUGAGUAUUAUGAUUGUGACGGCACAGUCAGUGACGGUUGUGAGGUGGAUCUAUAUACUACAAAUAACUGUGGAUCUUGCGGCAGUACUUGUUCAUCUCGUUCACACGCAUCUGUAACAUGUCCGGCUGGAACCUGUCAAUAUUCUUGUAAUUCUGGAUACGCCGAUUGUAAUGGAUCACCAACUGAUGGUUGUGAGACGGAUAUAACCACUUCAUCGCAUUGUGGAUCGUGUAGUAAUGAUUGCAAUGGUAAUAACUGCAAUUGUGGUUGGACCGGCUGUUCCUGUGGCGGAUGUUUUCAUGGUGAUGAGCCUGUUUUACUGGUCAAUGGUGAAUAUAGAAAAGUGAAAAAUCUUUUGUCUGGCGAUCGUGUUUAUUCAUUAAAUGAACAAAAUCGAAUUGUUGAAGAUGAAAUAAUUAUGAUGCUGCAUCUCGAUCCAAACCUUACAACCGAGUUUUGCACGAUUGAGACCGUUAUGAACGAAUCGUUGAGUGUAACAUGUGAUCAUUACAUGAUCGUACAUGGGCAAAAAGAGCGAUAUAUCAGAGCUGAUCGUGUAAAACACAACGAUAUGCUGUACGUGCAUACCACCCAGAACUCAGUUAAACUAGUGGCUGUAAAAAGUGUUCGUCGAGAUUUCAAAAUCGGUUACUAUACGCCAAAAACAUUCCAAGGCACAUUAAUCGUUAAUGGAAUAGCAGCAUCUUGCUACUUUGCAUUUAUUGGCUGA